AAGACACGACGCGCUCACUGAUACGCUGCUGGUCCAUGGGCCUGGACUGGGGACACUCUCCAUCCACGACUGCAAAAACCAGCAGCACUCCCUCCCUCUCACAUCACACAUACACACACACAUAUAAUCUCAGCGAGCUCCCACACUGAGGAUGACUGCGAAAAACCGACAGAAGAACAGCUCGACUGAGAAGAGCGCCGCAUCCAGCCAAGAGGAUGCGUCCAAGAAAAGCCCGAAGAGCUCCAGUAACGGUGUGAGUGGUCCGGGACCUCAGGGGCCACGGUCAGGGAGCUGCCUCGGGCUUGUUGCGACUACAGUGUUUUAUAUUGCGUUACUAGGCGCUGCAGGGUUUGGUGCUUUUUAUCUGCAGCAAGUGGUGGAGGAAAUCCAGCAGACGAACGCCAGGCAUGAGGAGAGCGCAAAGCAAAACGCAGAGCUGGGCAGGAAAAUGGAGAGCGUCGUUCAACAGGUGGAGUCUCUGAGGAGUGUUGUGGACGGCCUAGAGUCUUCACUGGGCAUCACACGGGUAGAGCUGGAGGGGGCCAUCAGCCGGAUGAAGAGGGGCGAGGUGGAGACGAGGAGGGUGGAGGAGGCCCUUCAGAAGCUCCAGAACGAUCUACUCAGGGACCUUUCAGAGGGCAUCAAAGAGGUGAAGGAAGCCCGAGAGAGGGACUUCUCUUCUCUGGAGAAGACUGUAGAGGAGCGUCUGGCUGAGGUGAGUCAGUCCAUCAAAGCCAGCGUGGCGGAGUUCACCGAAGCCCAGGGCGAGUCGCAGAGCCAGCUGGCUGAUCUCAAGGCCCGCCUGGGUGACAUUGAAGACCCUGCGCUCAUCAAACAGGAGCUCUCUGCCAUUGUUGAUACUGUAGCUGAAAUCAAAACAGCCAAACUGGCUGCUGAUUCCUCAGCCGAGUCACUCAUGGGGCAUAUCAGUGCCGUGAGGUCAGAGCUCCAGACUCGUAACCAGGAAGUGGCAUCACUCUCUCAGGAAAUUGAAACAGUGAGAUCAGUAGUGCAAGAGACUGUCGGGAGUCUGAGGCAGUCACUGUCUGCAACAGAGACCAGCGUCCAGGCUCUGACAGACAAAAGUGUGACACUGGAGAGCGACGUGGAGGAGGCGGUUGAUGCUGUUCGUAAUGUGGAAAAGCAGGUGAUUGAAGCAGCUGCUCAGGUCAAGAAAUCAGAAGAACUGGAAGCAAGAGUUAAAGCCUCAGAGGAGAGUGGAGAUUUGCUGUCGGCAUCAGUAUCAGACAUCACCACCAAAGUGGAGUCACUACUCACCAAAUACGACACCCAUGAAAGCACUCUAGUCGCACAGGGGCAGGCUGUGGAGAAAGUCAGAACUGGCUUGGCGGAGGAGAUGGAGGCACUGAAAAGCAGUUUGGGGGAACUCCAGUCCAACAUAGCUGCUCUGAGUGAUGCCCAGACCCAGCUAACUUCAACAGACUCCAGCCUGGGUCAGCAGGUGAAUGGCUUGGAGGAGAGGCUCACCGCUGUGGAGGGCAGUGACAGCGUGAAGCCAGAGCAGCUGGAGACCUUAAGAAGCAUGCUAGAUGGCCUGCAAGCCAAAGCAGCCAAGCUGGAAGGCCACGAUCAGGCGAUUGCUACUCUUCAGGAAGCUCUGCAGGAGACCACACGGACACUGGAGGGCUUAUCCAAAGCCAGUGACGACGAGGAAAAUUAGGGAUUUUGAGUUAGCAAUUUGACAUCAGGAGACCAAAACAUGGACAAUAAUGAUUCCCAGUGGGUGACCAUAACACUCCUUUCCUGUUUUCAUGAAGAAUUGUUUCCCAAACUUGAUGGUUUAUGUCACAAUGUUGCACAUUUUAGUAGAUAAGUAGCCAAUGUGAGGAAAACUGGUCAGGAGAGAGGGGGCAGAGGUGGACUGCUGAUCUGUGAAUUCAAAUCCAAACUCUUUCUGCACUGUAGGUUUUUUUUUCUAUUUUUUUGUUAGAUUUUUAAAUGCUGUUUUUUUGAAAACCAACAAAAUGCAAUAAUAAGCUCUUUUUGAGCACUCAUUUGUUUACUCAUGUUGUUUUUUUUUUUACAAGAAUAAAAACUCUUGACCUAAA